UCCCGCCCGACCCGUCAGGGCGCCUGCCACGCCCCGGGCCGCCUGCAGCGUCUUGCCUCGGCGCCCUCGGCUGGCCUCCUCGCGCCUCCGCACGCCCCUCCUUUCACCAGUUAAUCUGCGCGCCGGGGCCCCGCCCGUUUCCCGCCUCCGGCCCCUACUCGUCCCCGCCCUAGCCCGCCUCUCUCCUCCGCGCCCCUGCUGCUUCUGCUGAAGGCGGAGGCUCCAUGUUGUCCCCUCAGCGAGCGGUAGCGGCUGCCUCGAGAGGAGAAGGUGAUGCCAUGGAGAGUGGAAGGCCUGGGCCAGUGCAAGUUGUUUUGGUUCACAAAGACCAACAUUCCUUUGAGCUAGAAGAGAAAGCUUUGGCCAGCAUCCUCCUACAGGACCAUGUCCGAGAUCUUGAUGUGGUUGUGGUGUCCGUGGCUGGUGCUUUCCGCAAGGGCAAGUCUUUCAUUCUGGACUUCAUGCUACGGUAUUUAUAUUCUCAGAAGGAAGGUGGUCAUUCCAAUUGGUUGGGUGACCCAGAAGAACCACUAACAGGAUUUUCAUGGAGAGGAGGCUCUGACCCAGAAACCACUGGGAUUCAGAUCUGGAGUGAAGUUUUCAUUGUGGAGAAGCCAGGUGGGAAGAAGGUUGCAGUUGUUCUGAUGGAUACCCAGGGGGCAUUUGACAGUCAGUCAACUGUGAAAGACUGUGCUACCAUCUUCGCUCUGAGUACCAUGACUAGUUCUGUUCAGAUAUACAAUUUGUCCCAGAACAUUCAGGAAGAUGAUCUUCAACAGCUGCAGCUCUUCACAGAAUAUGGUCGUCUGGCAAUGGAUGAAAUUUUCCAAAAACCCUUCCAGACACUCAUGUUUCUGGUUCGAGACUGGAGUUUCCCUUAUGAAUAUAGCUAUGGACUACAAGGAGGGAUGGCAUUUUUGGAUAAACGUUUACAGGUGAAAGAACAUCAACAUGAAGAAAUUCAGAACGUUCGAAAUCACAUUCACUCGUGUUUCUCCGAUGUCACCUGUUUUCUCUUACCACAUCCAGGACUCCAAGUGGCCACAAGCCCUGACUUUGAUGGGAAAUUGAAAGAUAUUGCUGGUGAUUUCAAAGAGCAGUUGGAGGCCCUGAUACCAUACGUAUUAAACCCAUCUAAGUUAAUGGAAAAGGAGAUCAAUGGCUCAAAGGUCACCUGCCGGGGACUAUUGGAGUAUUUUAAGGCAUAUAUUAAAAUUUAUCAAGGAGAAGAUCUGCCUCACCCCAAAUCCAUGCUUCAGGCCACUGCUGAAGCCAACAAUUUAGCAGCUGCAGCCUCUGCCAAGGAUGUUUAUUACAACAACAUGGAAGAGGUUUGUGGGGGAGAGAAGCCUUAUUUGUCUCCAGACAUUUUAGAGCAGAAGCAUUGUGAAUUCAGACAGCUGGCUCUGGACCAGUUUAAGAAGACCAAGAAGAUGGGUGGGAAGGAUUUCAGUUUUCGUUAUCAGCAAGAGCUGGAGGAGGAAAUUAAGGAACUCUAUGAAAACUUUUGCAAGCACAAUGGAAGCAAGAACGUCUUCAGCACCUUCCGAACCCCUGCGGUGCUGUUCACAGGCAUUGUGGCUUUAUAUAUAGCCUCUGGCGUCACUGGCUUUGUUGGUCUUGAGGUUGUGGCCCAGCUGUUUAACUGCAUGGUUGGAUUGCUGUUAAUAGCGCUCCUCACUUGGGGGUACAUCAGGUAUUCCGGUCAAUAUCGCGAGCUGGGUGGAGCUAUUGACUCUGGUGCAGCAUAUGUGUUAGAGCAGGCUUCUUCUCACAUUGGCAAUUCUACUCAGGCUGCUGUGAGAGAUGCAGUUGUUGGGCGAUCUCCUGUGGAUAAAAAAACUCAGUAGCCUUACCACGAGGAUCCAGGAAGAGCCCGAGCAGCCCCUAGAACCUCAGUUUCUGCCAAGGCCACAGGUCCAGGUCUAGAGGAACGGCAGGCCUGAGACUAUCCAGGGAGAGCUGCGACAGGACACUGUAAUAAAUAAACUGACCUCUCCUGUGGCUUCAAAUUCUUAAAUGUGCUUCCAUUUUCUGUUGGAAGCAUUGCUUUUCUUUGCUGUCAGAUCCGAACGUAGGUUUGUUUCCUGUUACUCUCUGCUUUGUGCACUUUAUGGGAGAAAAAGCUAAAGGAAAAAAAUGGAAAUGCAGGUUUUAAGUCUCUUAUGUACCACUUAGUGCCUUUUCAGAUGAAAUCUAUGCUUGUUAUGGACCUGAAGGGAAGGGACGGAGAAUAACCUUGGGAAAUAUGCUGUUUAGAAGUGAAACUUGUCAGUUCUCUUACACUUUCCUUUUGAGAAGAAUUCCUUUCUAAAAAGUUUACAAAACUUGGAAAAACUUCAGAACUAAAGAUUAACUGAAACAAUGCCAUUAUACUUUCAAGAUCUUACUUGUAAUGUUGGUAUUCUGUUUGUCAUAUAAUGUGGGGAAAUCAAAUGUGUUAAUGUACCGUACUCUGGAAUGUAAGGUCUUUUCCCUGAUAGGCUGGCAGUUUUAUUGAACCUGAUCUCUCUGUCUUUUUUGGUUACUGUAGCUUCUUUUCAGAAAAGAGGCAAAUACGCCUUGAAAAGCCACAGUGGCUCAUAAUGGAAGGAGUGACUUAUUUUAAAGAAGAAGCUGAUUUUGAGUGAACCUGUGACCUCCAAUAAGUCACUUGAACUUGUGCCUUGGUCAGAGCCACUGUGGUUUUCUGUGUUUAUGUGUUACACACAGCUCUUAAAAUUUGCCAUUUGAUAAGUUUUGCUUUUAGAGUUCUGUGUAGGUAUAAUACUUUACCAAGGGUUAGAGAAAAGACAUUACCAGAUAUUACUGCCUUUAAUUAAUCCUCUAUUUCAUUUGGCUUACCACUAAUUAGUGACCGCCCAUUUAAGGUCCCUGCUCAAACUUUAUUUUUAUUCUCUAUGCACUGAUGUUCUUAAUGAAACUAAAAUUGUUUAUUUAAUGGUUCUUCCUUAAAAUUUACUUCUUACCAGUCUGGUAGCUUUAAAACAACUUUGGUUUAGGAAGGACCAGUGUCUUACCCAAAUGUAGACAAUAUCUAGAAGUAUCUACAAUUCUUCUUGAAAAAAUUUAUUAUGAUUAUAUGAUUAAAAAGUUUUAUCUGUUGCUUUU